AUGCUUGCAGCCGCUGAAAGUGCCUCUCACGCCUCAGCAGCAUGCGGUUCGUCGCCUGUUGUCGUGAAUCCUCCACGUGGCGAGUCACCACGUGCGACAGGUACAUCCGUUGCUUCUGCAGCGGGUACAACGAGUCGUAAUCCAGACGAGUCUGAGAUAGAGCUCAUCUAUUCUGGUCAGUCGGAUGAUUCAUCCUACUCGAAGGCGACUCCUCACGCCUCCGGGUCACCCGUGGCGGACAAGGCAAGAGCCAGGUUGAGUGGCUCUGGUCAGCGCGGCAGCAUCGUGACCGAGAUCUUCGGAUCGAGUGAUUACUCCGAUGAGUCUCCGCCUCACGCAAGUCCAUCCAACGAAAGGACGCGUGGAGAUGGUGGUGAUGCACCUAUGCAUCACCACGAGCGAAGUAACUCAAGGGAUCGGGGAAACACUGGUGCCAGUGCUCAUGCUGGCACCAAUCAAGAGGCAAGGGACCGAAAUGCCCUGCUUCACGCUCCUCAAGUGGAGUCUCCGUGGAUGCCGCCAUCCAAAGAGUUGGACCCAUUGGCCGGCAUGACUACCGAUCGAGAUCAAAUCCUGUUGUUCGACUGUAGAAAGAUUCGCCCACCUAAUUCCAGCACGGAAACUAUCUAUGCUGAGGAAGAGUUCGUCACCGAUGUGUUCUCAAACAUCGGUGGUACAAUGGUAGCCGUGGUCGGGACGGCAAAGCUUUGGUGCAGGGAUGUAAUUCCCUCAUCCAUAACAUCGAGCGUAUUGGCCGUGAGGCCUGGCUCGCCACACUUGAUGCAGCUCGCAUCAGGUUUGAGAAACGCAACCCCGUCGGGGCGCGAUACAAGUUGCACCGGCUUUCAAGAGAGGCAGGGUUACCCUGUCUCUCGUGGGUGCUUCGUGUCUAGGUUGAUUGGACAACUCGAACCGUGCCCCUAG